CAUAUCAUAAUCGCUUUUUAAUCAUUGAAUAGCUUGUUUAGCUCACAGAAAAACUUUUAAAGAGACACAACAACAUAAACAAAAUGGCGCUUCUCAGUACAGUUAAAGAAUCAAAUAUCGACAGCUUGUUUGAUCGGUACAGUCGCGUGUUUAUGACUCUUGUGUUGAUAUUAAGUGGUUUAAUAAUGAUUGUGGAGUUUUAUGCACAUGGCAUGUCGUGUAUGAUUACAAACGGGCACCCAAGCUUACACCUUCAAAUCCAUAACUGGUGCUGGUCAAACGGGUUGUUUAUCUAUAAAGAACUUGUUCAAUUUCCGAACAGCAGCUUUUAUCAUGGAUUACCUGAGAAUCUAUACGAAACAGGAAUGAUUGAAAAUACGACAAGUACCUGUAUUUUGUAUGGAUGGCGCAAAAACAAAGUGGAAGGUUGUAAAGCCAUGACUCGGGAGUACUUUAGGCAAUACCAGUGGCUUCCCUUCUAUUUUGUCUUCCUGGCAUUCUUGUAUUACGCGCCAUACUCAAUGUUUAAGUUUGUAAAUACAGAUUUGCUUAGCUUACGAACCAAUGUGGAGAAGCGUGUUGGGAAACAAAUUACAGAUGCAUAUUUUAAUUACGAGGUUAAUCCCAAAUUUGAAUUAAGGAUUCGGACUGCAUUGGGAAUAUCCGUGAAAGUUUUAUACAUCGUAGUCAACGUUUUUGCUUUUCGGUACACGGCAUCUUUGUUGAAUGGGGAUUACGCAGAAUAUGGUCAUGGAAAAGAUGUUCGUGAGAUAAAUGGAACAAAGGUUACUGUGGAGGGGGUGAGAUAUCCAGGGGAAUAUAUUCUUCCGUCCAGAGGAUUGUGCGACGUCCCAACUUUAAAUACUAUCAGGCACCGACACGAUUUAGGUAAUGUAUUUUGUCACGUUGAAGCUGUUACUCUUUACCAACACAUUCUUCAUGUUCUGUGGCACUUGUUUAUAUUUGGAAUAACAAUUUCGGUUGUCGGCUUAGUAGCUCAUAUGGUGAAUAUAUUUUUCGGUUAUUGUUAUUAUGAGAGAAGGCAUGGCCACAGGAGAGCGAUAACCUUCCGCGAAUGUGAAUAUCUGAUGUUGAUCAAGGAAAGAAAUAUGAUAUUGUAUAAUGAUGUGAUUCGGCAGUUAAAAGGUGAAAGUUAUGGCAAUCCAAAUACAGACAGCAUUGGCCUAGUUGAACAAUAAUUCACAAAUCUCAAAAAAAAAACAGAAGCACUUAAUAAGAUAGAAAGAGUUUCAUAUGAAACAUAAAACCUUUCGAACAAUGAAAGACGUCACGUUCUUUAGCAUUUUAUUAAAAGAAAUUGGUUGGUAGUAGAACUUGUGUAAUGUACGUAUAGUAUUGUUAGUUUGUCAUUUUUACUAUUUAAUGUCUUUAUUUAAUCAAUCACGGCGUCGGUGGAGGGCCGUGAUGUAUCUUCUUGCUAGAAUAAUGAAUUUUAUUUCUUUUU